AUGGCUUUUGUAAGUGAGAUUGAGAUAUCUCAGCUUUCGAAGGAUUUGAAAAGCAAAGAAUCUGCGUAUGCGAUUCUAUCUAAUCUUCUACCACUGGUUUUGCAACGUAGCCGCGAGAUCCAGCAACAACAACGUGAAACUAAAAUGCUGAGGAGACCCCUAGACUUGAUAUCGAAGUCUCUGCUACCAUCCGAUUUUAAAAAUUGCUUACCACUACAGUCAACUGCCAACGGAAACUGUCUUUUUAAUAGUGUGUCAAUUUUAUUGACCGGUGAUGAGUCGUUAGCAGCGGCUCUUCGUCUUCUAUCCGUAUCAGAAUUAUUUGCUUAUUCCGAGUUUUAUGCUGCCCAUCCACAGCUUGCAAUGAUGUCCAGUAUUUCUGGUUAUUCCGUACCAGCAAUUAUCAACAUAUUUUUAAGCGAUCAGGUAGCUUGUAAUGUCUAUAAUGGUAAUGCAACAAGUGCUCCUCGUGCCAUCGAAGCUCUUGCAAAGAUAACUGCUAAACCAUACGUUUAUGCAAGUCAAUUUCAUAUUCUCGCUCUUGCGUCUGUUAUUUCGAAACCCAUCCACUCGGUGUACCCAGACACGACAUCGAGUAUCGCUAUAAAGAAAGCCUUGCACGGUAUCUUCUAUCCCAGAGAAGUUCUUAGUAGUCAAAGUACUUCACCCGAUGCAAGCGAUCCUCUAUAUAUAAUGUGGACAAAUAUUCGACGUUCCCAACUUGAAAAAUUGUGGAAACCAAAUCAUUUUGUUCCUGUGAUUGAACAGAUUUCACGACGUGAAACAGAUGGAAGCUAUGCGGACGUAACUAGACGCAGAAGAAGAUUCUCAUCUACUAAAGAAGCCAGCCGUAUUGCAAAAUUACCUGAACAAUUUCUUUCCAGCACAACACCUAAACUUUCCAGGACAUUACCUAAACCUUCCAGCGCACCACCUAGACCUUCCAGCACACCGCCUAAACCUUCCAGCACACCACCUAAACCUUCCCGCACACCACCUAAGCCUUCCAGCACACCUGAACCUUUCAGAAAACCACAUAAACCAUCCAGCACACCGCCUGAAUCUUCCAGCAAACCACGUAGAUCUUCGAGCACACUGCCUGAACCUUCGAGCAGACCACCUAAACCUUCCAGCACAACAACCAAACUUUCUAGGACACCAUCUAAACCUUCCAGCACACCAUCUAAACCUUCCAGCACACCACCUAAACCUUCCAGCACACCACUUAAACCUUCCAGAACACCACCUAAACCUUCCAGCACACCACCGAAGCCUUCCAGCACACCUGAACCUUUCAGAAAACCACAUAAACCGUCCAGCACACCGCCUGAAUCUUCCAGCAACCCACCUAGACCUUCCAGCACACUGCCCGAACCUUCCAGCAGACCACCUAAACCUUCCAGCACAACAGCUAAACUUUCCAGGACACCACUUAAACCUUCCAGCGCACCACCUAGGCCUUCCAGCGCACCGAAACCAGUCGGCACAUCUAAACCAGUUGGCCCAGCUAAACAUUCCAGAAAACCACCUGGACCUUCCAGCACAUUGCCUGAACCUUUCAGUACAUCUAACUCUUCCAGAAAACAACCUAAAUAUUCCAGUACACCUAAACCUUCCAAAACAACAUCUGGAACUGUCAACACACCGCCUGAACCUUCCUGCACACCAGCAACUUUCAGCAAACCACAUAAACCUUCCAGCACACCGCCUGAAACUUCCAGCACACCACCUAAACCUUCCAGCACACCACCUAAACCUUCCAGCACACCACUUAAACCUUCCAGAGCACCACCUAAACCUUCCAGCACACCACCUAAACCUUCCAGCACACCACUUAAACCUUCCAGCACACCACCUAAACCUUCCAGCACACCACUUAAACCUUCCAGCACACCAUCUAAACCUUCCAGCACACCACCUAAAUCUUCCAGCACAACACCUAAACUUUCCAGAACACCACAAAAAAGAGCAAAUGUUGAGGUCAAAACAUCCCGGUCUAAAUUGCCAAAAUACGACUUUGAGAAGAUACCCGUUCAACGAAAAUCGACAAACAAAAGCGAUACGCGUUACAGGCCGACCAUUUUAAAACGAAAGCGAGAUUGCAAAGCAGCAGCAGUUUCACUUGAAACGAAUCUAGCACAAUCGUCAAGGGAAACAGGGCAUACAGGCCCAAAUUUAUUAUCUUAUUUUAAAGCAGGUCCAGCUGAGGUUACGGUGACGGACGAGAAACAAAAUGAAAAGACACGAAGUACGAAAAACGAAGAUAAUACGACCGCGAAAAGUAAGCCUGAAGUGGAGCUGGCGGAAGAAGUACUUCCACUGAUGGGACCAAGACUAAAGUGGUACAAGGAAAAGGGGGUUAUAGCCAGUAGUAACACGAGCAGAUGUGAAGAGAGAAUGUCUAGACCUGUUAUGAUAGAAGGAAAUCAGCUGCAAAGAGUCAUUCGGAGUUCUGUGACAGGAAAUCUUUCCCAGAACGUCAAUGUACUUUUUCAGAAGUUAAGUGAAGCAGGUUCAGAAAAACAACAAAAACAUUUAGGUGCAAUGCUAACAUUAGCUAAAUACGUUAUUGAGAAUGGUCCUAUCGUAGCAACUCGAGAUGUCGCCAAAAUCUACAAAGAAUUAAAAGAAUUAAAACCUUCCUACAGGAUCGAGUCUUCAAGAUUACUUGAGAUAAUGGGUAAGCAUUUAAAUGUUGCUCAAAUCUAUAUUGAUGGAAAAGCUUAUAUUUUAGAAAAUCCAGGGGACGAAGUGCUGCGGUCGUUAAACGCUAUCCACAAAAUAUCAGCAAUGAAACAAAGUACAACGAACGAAAAAGUUCGGGAAGUGAUAGGAAACGAUUUUGGUAUAAUUUUGCAAUAUCUUGACAGUAAGCGAGACAGAGACACUUUAAAUGCGAUUUUAACAAGAAUCACCAGUGUUAACUUCAUGUCGAAGUUGGCAAAUGUUCAGGACAAAAGAGUUUUCCAACGUUCUCAAGAUCAAGUAAGCCUUAACUUGCAGUUAUUUGAGGAAAUGAAGAGAAACAUCGAGCAGACUGCAGAUCCGAUUUUAACAGGAGAACCAGCAAGACGAAAGAAGUACAGAAUGCUUCAAAAGAUGAAGCUUGAAAAGCUUCGACACGUGUUUAAAGGGAGAGGAAGACUUCUUAAGAGUGAUCAAUUUCCAGAUCUUGCUGGAGUCCUUGAAUUUUGUUUUGGUGAAGGAGAUCGAAUUGACAGGGCUGGAGGUGGAUUAGAGAGCCACCCAAGACUUAUUGACACCGUGCUUUAUCGUGCUGCAGAUAGUAAUACCAUCAUGAAACACGCAAGAGAAACUAUCUUAGCGUUGGCGCCCGAAGGCUUUAACAUAAGCCUUUCGAGUUGCUUUAAUUACACCCAAAACUUUAAAGAAGGUACGUAUCAAGCAAAAAGACACCACUCUGGUAAAGGAAUUAACGCGUGUCUAUCCCUUCACAAGCCUCCUCGUAUUGGAAAUGAGCAAUUUGUGGUCAAUCUACGGUGGACAACUCACAACGUAAACCUCACAAUGGACCAUGCUCAUUUAAAUUCACGUAGUAUAAUGAUAGACUCAAAAGACGCAAAAGCAAAGGUUCACGCAGAUAUAUCACCGGUUCAAAAACCGGGGAAAACGUGGAGGAAGAUAACUCUCCCAGAUCACGACUGGGCUGGACUAGCACACAACGCCAUCACACCUAUGACACAUCUUUUUAUGGAGACAAAGUCGGAGGUUAAAGACGAAAGAGGCCAACAUGUAUCCAUUACAAGGACUGGCGCAGCUGCCACUCUGGUCAAUAUUUCGUACUUUGAGCCCGAAACCGUCCAAAGGGUUUUUAACGAAAUCUUUGUAUUGAUGGUUAACCCUGCACUUGACAAACAUUUUCGAAAUCCUGACACCGGGAGGCUAAAGGAGCAUUUCGUUUUCAUUGUAGAUAACGGGCCAUCAGAAGCUCCAUCCAAUUCACUUGUGCAAGUGUGGCUAGUUCGUCUUGCCAGAGUAUUGAAACUGAAAUCCGUGACUCAAAAAUCAUUCGCCGAGUACCACAGCAAACGCAACCCGGUUGAACGAGUCCAUGCUGUUGAGAAUCGUGCUUUAUCAAAUGAGGUUUUCUCCAGCACAGCCGUACAUAAAGAUUACGUCAUCGGAGAUCAACAUCAUCGAGAAAACAUGGAACAUAUGGCUGGAGAAGUACAAAACUGUUUGGCGCGAACGCAAUAUGGUAAGCAACCGAUUGUUGUCCAACGUGGAAUUGGAACUGAAGAGAAUUUCGUGUUCAACGACGAAAGCCCUCUGGUAACCUUCCUGGGAAAGAGUGAAUGCCGUAAAAACCUUGAUAAUACACGCUAUUAUCCCGUUAAAAAUAAUUUGUGGAAAGAAGUUACAACACUAUGGGACCUGGAUGAAAGUUAUAUAGGAUGCUACAGAGAAAAUUACCAAAUUUUACAAAACAGAUUGGAAGAAGAAGGAGGAAGAACUUGCUGGGCAGAUAAAUAUUCGACCACAAUCAUAAACCCUGAUAUUCAACAAGAAGAUAUUACCUUUGAACAACAACCAGUUCCUGAUUAUGUAAGAUGGUUUAACACAGAAGGAGAGCUACAUUAUAUGCCACUGGAAAAAGUUCAGAAAUUGGUGACAGAAAUUAUUGAUGGGAUUCCAG